CACCUGCUGCUGCCUUAGCUGCUGGGCAGAGGAGCAGAGAGCCCAGAGAUGCCGGUGGCACAGGCAAACAAGAAUCAUCGCGAGGGGCAGAAGGAGGUGGCAGGGGAGGAAAGACCUCACUGCUGGGCCAAAACGCCUUGCCGACCUCGCUGCGUUUGCCCCACCGUGGUGGCGGAGAGGGAGAGGAGAGUGUAGACGAUGCCAGCCAUCAACAUCGAGGACCUGAGCGAGAAGGACAAACUGAAAAUGGAAGUGGAGCAGCUCCGGAAAGAAGUGAAGCUGGAGAGGCAGCCGGUGUCCAAGUGCUCCGAAGAGAUCAAGAACUACAUCGAGGAGCGGUCGGGCGAGGACCCGCUGGUGAAGGGGGUUCCCGAGGACAAGAACCCCUUCAAGGAGAAGGGAGGCUGCGUCAUCGCUUAGGAACACGAACCCAGCGCCUGCCACCGGAGCAGACACUCUUGUUGUACCUGUAGGGAGUCACUAGCGUGUCCCCACCGCCGCCGGUCCUUGUUGAACGAGCACAGGAGCGGAUUUCUUUCUUUUUUUUUUUUUUCCUUCUUACAAAAAUAAAGAAACCAACCCGAAAGCA